CCUUGGAAUGUUUUGUCUUAGUUCACUUUUUAACCUCAAAAUAUCCUUAAAUCACUCUUGGAUUGAAAUGUAUUCUUUCAAACAUUAUUAGAACUUGUAUGUAACGUUGGCCUGCUUGCUUGCUGGGAUGGUUUUACAAAGCAGAACUUAUCUGCUUUUACUAACUCAGUAACGACUCCUGUGUGUGUGUUUGUCGGCACCGUGGAACUUUUAAGUGUGAGUUAGUCUUUGCACUGUGCAAACCUGGAAUAUAUGUGGAAAGCUUGAACACUUGGGUCUGCGUUUUGUUUGCCUUGUGUGCUGAACUAACCGCUGAAUGUUUGCUGUUUGUGUCUCUGCAUGGUUGUGGUGUUGCAUGGCGGCGGCUCGCUGCAGGGGCCGUACCUGGUGCACGGCGAGCAGAAGCGUGACGGGCCUCUGACGGAGUGCGGCGGUAGCGGCACGCUGCACGACUACCAGACCGACCUGGAGGGGAAACGUCAGCAGCAGCAGCACCACCAGCAGCAGGCGUACCUGCGCUCCUCUCGCGGCCAGCUGCGAGGAGGCAGCGGCCGAGGCCUUUCCCGGCAGGACACCUUCGACUCCGAGACCCAGGGCAGCCGGGACUCGGCCUACACCGAGGCCGGCGACUCCUGCAUGGACAUAGAGACCGACCCGUACGAAGAGCCGGAGCCCUACCGAGGCGGCGGAGGGAGCCGCCUCCACCUGGCGCAGCAUCACGGCAGGCAGGCCUCCUGGGAAGACGAAGGCGCAGAGCCGGACCAGGAGAACCUGAACCACCCUCCGAUGCCGAGCCAGACGCAGCCGCACGGACGCGCCAAGCUGAGGGAGCGCUACUGCCAGGACCCUGUGGAGACGGGGGCCAACAUGAGCCGCAACAAGAACCAGGACGACUGGGGGAGGGACGUCUACAUCCGCUGAACCCUCAUCACGGAAGCAGACUGAGGACAGACGGGGAGGUUUGGGGCCACGCCGGUCAGGCUAACAAAAAAUCUGUUUACAUCCCAGUACAAUGUAAAGAAAUCCAUCAACUGCCAGAUGCCAUCUUCUUGCAAUUCAAUUUAUUUAUGUUUAAAAAAAAAAAAAAAUACUAUUGGUCUGUUUCUUUUUUUUGUUUCCUAUGUUAAUACUGCAUGAAUAUCAUGGAUUUCUAUACUGACAGCACGGGGACAGUAAUUGUGAAUCUGUACGACUCGAUCUCUCCUUCAGUUGUAGAGUGUGAAGGCUGGUAGAAACUGUCGUGUCCGUCCUCUGCAGUCUUAAACAGGGUCUAACGUCGCCGUCCCCAUGUGUGAACAGUGUCAGGGUUUCUCUUAAUCAGUGCUUUUGACUUUCAGGGUUUCCUCCCAGAACUGAGAUCCAGAAGUCUCUCACCUCCACUCUCUUAUCACCCGGACCUUAAAAAAAAAAAAAGAAAGAAAAAAAAAAACAAGCUGGUGGAGGAGAAGUCGCCAUAUUUUAACAAAAUUUAUCAAUGUUGCUACACUCGCUGUUGGCAAAGAAUACACUCCAAAGAUGUUUACUUCUUCCCUGAACCUGGCUCAUGUCCGAACCCCAUUUCCUUCUUCUUCUUCUUCACGGGUGCUGAGUUCACCUGCAGUAUUCACCUGUCGUCUGGUUAUUUGAGUUUUCGUGUGAAUGAAGCGUCCUGCCUUAGUCACCCCUUAUUUCAAGAAAACUCCAAUCACAAGUGCCGGAAUGUCUCGCCAAGCCAUGUCCACCAACUGCCACGGUGGGAUGUCUUAACUCUUGUUACACUCGUUUUCAUACCAUUUCUUUGUGUCUUUGUGAGUCCCAGCGCGCCGCUCAUCUCGUUUUCUUUGCUUCGUCGUCUGUUUUUGUUUUUUUCUUUUUUCUUUCUUUUGUUCAGGGCUGGUGAUUAAAAAUAAAAGUACUCGUGUGUGUGGUUGAUCACUCCCAGAUUCCACCCCAAACAGCUAGCUUGUCUGAUAUUAGAUACCACUCUCUUCUUUCUCUUGAUUUCUGACUGAAUUAGUGUUGUUUUAUUUUUCCUGUGAACAUUUGCAAUCUUCUUUUUUUUUUUUUUAAAUUUUAAAUCUUCAGUUCUUUGUGAGGUAGUGAGAGAGGAGUAUCAAAGCGGGGAGGGGGGAUAUAGGAUCAGCUCUUUGGUCUUUACUCUGGUUAUCUAUAAUGGAGAAUCCAUGAAUGUCUUUGGUGGGCCGCUGCGGCUUUCCACCCUGUCUUCAGCUGAAUAAAUAAAUAUUAAAUAAUGAUCAGUAAAUAAUGUUAUUGUUGCGUUAUCGCAAUUGUUAAAAAAAAAA